UCCGCAGUACGAGAACAAAAGCAAACGACUCACUGCAGAGACACGUCGGGAACCAGACUAUAUUUUUGACAGAUUUCUAUUUUCUGGAGAGCAUGGAGGUGACAAAGACAAGGAGAAUUGUCCUGCUGGGAAAAACUGGAACUGGGAAAAGCAGUCUGGCUAAUACCAUAUUUGGCGAGACCAGAUUGAAGAUUAAUCAUUUUAAUGACUCAAACGCAUGUUUGUCUCAGAGUGAGACCAAGACUGUUGAUGGAAGAAGCCUAACUUUAAUCGACACUCCUGGUUUCUUUGACCCAAGCAGGUCUGAGAAGUUGGAGCAUGAGAUGUUGAGCUGUAUUACAGAGUGUGCUCCGGGUCCUCAUGCUUUUCUCAUUGUGCUCAAAGCAGAGAAAUUCACAGAGCACGAAAAGGCUGUCAUCGCACAAUUAUGUGAAUAUUUCUCUGAAGAUGUUCUUAAAUACGCUGCAGUGGUUUUUACUCAUGGUGACCAGCUCCCUGAAGGAAUGAAGAUCAAGGAUUUUGUUAAUGAAAGUGAAGCUCUGAGUGAUCUGGUGAGGAAGUGUGGGAGUCGGUGCCACGUCAUUGACAAUAAAUACUGGAAGAACAACCAGGAAGAUGAAUAUAGAAGCAACAAGUUCCAGGUGGCAGAGCUGCUCAAUAGCAUAGAAGAUAUAGUGACAGAAAACAAUGGAGGAUACUACACUAAUGAAAUGCUCCAAACACUGGAGACAGAAAUACAAAAAGAGGAAAAUCGGCUUUGUUGA